GGCGAUUCAGGAAAGCUCGAUGCUCGUGCGGAAGUGGCUCUACCCAAAAUAUGGAUAAAUGAAGUGAAGAAAAAAGGCAAAUUAAAAUGUAAAAGCUCGGUGACUGUGGCGUCCGGCUGGAAUCCUCCUCAUCAUGUCCUCCGCCGGUCCCUCACUGGCAUACCCGCACUGUGAUGAAGCAGCUGCAGUGAAGGAUCAUGGGGGUUUUUCCUCUGACAGACAUGCUGGGCUCCUGCUGGCUCAGAUGAAUAAGAUGCGUCUGCAGGCCAACUUCUGCGACGUACGGCUGCUGGUGGGCGAACGGCGGUUUGGGGUCCAUAAGCUGGUGCUGGCUGCCAGCGGCCCUUAUUUCGCCGCUCUGUUCUCCGGAGGCAUGAGCGAAGCCCACGAGGAGGAGGUGCGCAUCGCUGGAGUGGAGCCGCACGUCUUCGAGAUCCUCCUGGAGUUUAUUUACACUGGCUGUAUAGAUGUGACGGUGGACACGGUGCAGGAGCUGAUGGUGGCCGCAGAUAUGCUGCAGCUGACGGAGGUGGUGGAGAUCUGUGGUCAGUUCCUGCGUGCUCAUAUGGACCCGUCCAAUUGUGUGGGGAUCUAUCGCUUUCUGGAGCAGAUUGCCUGUGUGGAGCUGCUACAAUUCACUGAGGACUACAUACACGUCCACUUUCUGGAGGUUUGCUCUUCAGAGGAGUUCUCCAGCGUCUCUUCAGAUCAGCUGGUGAAGUUGCUGCGCAGUGAGGAGCUGCGGAUCGAGGACGAGUAUCAGGUGUUCACGGCGGCCAUGGACUGGCUGCAUCAUGACGUGCCUCACAGGAAGAAGCAUGUGGUGGAGGUGCUGGAGCCGGUGCGCUUCCCUCUGCUUUCCCCACAGAGACUCUACAAAUACAUCGAGGGUAUAUCUGACUUCAGUUUGCGAGUUGCGCUGCAAACUCUUCUGAGGGAGUACACUGAAGUCAGCAAGUCCCCUAAAGAGAGCAAACCGUUCAGCCUUCUGCAGACAGCCAAGACCCGGCCCAGGAGAAAAGCCCGCAAGUACCUCUAUGCCAUUGGUGGCUACACUCGUCUGCAGGGCGGCCGCUGGAGUGACAGUCGGGCUCUGAGUUGUGUCGAACGCUUUGAUUCAUUCAGUCAGUAUUGGACCACAGUGUCCUCCCUGCACCAGGCCCGCAGUGGACUCGGGGUGGCAGUACUGGAGGGCAUGAUAUAUGUCAUCGGGGGAGAAAAAGACUCUAUGAUCUUCGACUGCACGGAGCGAUAUGAUCCAGUGACCAAGCAGUGGGCUGCAGUGGCGUCUCUGAACUUCCCUCGCUGUGGGGUUGGAGUUUGUUCCUGUCAUGGAGCUCUUUACGCACUUGGUGGCUGGAUUGGGUCAGAAAUUGGGAAGACAAUGGAACGAUACGACCCAGAAGAGAACAAAUGGGAGGUUAUAGGGAGCAUGGCUGUUCCUCGAUAUUACUUUGGCUGCUGCGAGCUGCAAGGCUUCAUCUAUGUGAUUGGUGGCAUCAGUGAUGAGGGAACGGAGCUGCGCUCGGCUGAAGUUUACGACCCAAUCUCUCGACGGUGGAGCGCGCUGCCUGUCAUGGUGACCCGGCGGGCGUAUGUAGGCGUGGCCAGUCUCAAUAACUGCAUCUACGCUGUCGGAGGCUGGAACGAGGCUCUGGGGUCACUGGACACUGUGGAGAAAUACUGCCUUGAGGAGGAGAAGUGGGUGGAGGUGGCGUCGAUGUCUGUCCCUCGCGCUGGAGUAACGGUAGCGGCGGUCAACGGUUUGUUAUAUGCGGUUGGCGGUCGAACUACAAGCCGUGACUUUUCGGCACCCGUCACCGUAGACUCAGUGGAAAUCUAUGACCCCCAUUUGGACACGUGGACGGAGAUCGGUAACAUGAUCACCAGCCGCUGUGAUGGCGGCGUAGCUGUGCUCUAAUAGACACAUUACUCUACACCACCCUAGGAAAUGUGUCUUAUUCAGUAAUUUAUUAUGGUUUUUAAAAAGAGUGACGAAUUAGUUGAAUUGAGGAGGCCUUGUUUUUGGGAUUGAGUAUCGUUGUGUAUUUUUAUUUAAACCACUUGUGUGUUGUUUAAGAUCACAUGUUGUUAAAGGGGCCGUUCACCCUAAAAUGAACAAUUCCUCACCAUUUCUUGGUGCGCUUUUAUGAACUAGAUUUAGACUUGUUUGUAUGUUUAGUUUUUUAUUCUCAAAAACGGGUCACCAUUGACUUCCAUUAUACGAAGUAUAGCCAAGUAUCACAGAUUCAGCUCUAAAUGUUCUUUAAUGCUCUACUGGAAGACCAAAAAAAAGUAACUUACAUCUGCAAUGAACUGAGGGUGAGAGUAAACGAAUGUUUAGAUUUUUGGGUGAACUGUCCCUUUAAGGAGGUGUAAUUGAUCUCUUGUCAAUGCUUCUGUGCGAAUUUAAGCCUAAAUGAAAGCAGUUCAUCAUAUAAAGUGUUCUCGUCUCUUCAGAAGACGUGGAUUAAACCACUUGAUUUAUCUUUUGAUGUAUAUAACUUAUAAAUAUUAUUAUAAUGAUGAACAAAAGUCUUGAGAUGAGGGUCAGAAUUUGCAUUUCGGCUUAAUUUAGGCUUGUUUAAACCUGCUUGAUGAUUGUUACAUGUGUUAUUAACACAAGCAAGGUUCAGAUGAGAGCUUAUUUAAUAUUCCAUUAACAGAAACAGAAAGGUUUUGCUACUCUUGGUGUUUCAUAUCUCACUCACUGGCACAUUUAUAUGACUAUAUUUCACAGCAGGAGUAAUAUUAUUUAUUAGGGAUGCACCGAUAUUGGAUUAAUUUAAGGUUAUCUGCAUAUCGGCAAUAAUAAGAAAAAGACAGACACAGAUGGUCGCACGUCUUUUGAAUAGUUCAGCAUUUUUAAAUCCAUGCAAGAUUAUCAAAUAUGUGCGAAAAGAUAAAUAUAGUCUGUAUAAAAUAUCAGACAUGAGUUUAAUAUGUACAGUAUGUCAGAAAUGUGUUGAGAAAGCAACUGGUGGUCAGUUUGUGCUAACAAUUCUCGAACAACAAAAACGAUAGUUUCCCAGUUUCUUUGCAAAUCCUGUCCUGUGGACAUGUUUCUAUGAGUUACUAUGUACACCUGUUAAUACGCGCCUGUCAAUCAAUUGGGUGGGCGGGGAAAAUCAAAUCUCAAAAUCGCUAUUUUAAAGCGACACAUAUACAUAUAGGGACAUCACUGGCUUCAUUUGUUACGUUUAUUAAAUGAAUAUGUUUAAUUAUGUCAAAUAAAAGUUAAAGGGUUGUUAAACUAAAUAUCGAACUGCAAAAAUCUGCUUUGAAGACUGUCAAACUGUGUCUGUCUUAAAAUGGUGGACAGUUGAAUGUUAAAUGGAGCAAAUCUAUAUUCAGAACUAUACUUUAAUGGAGAAAACGAAGUAGCUAGUACUAUAUUUGACCAGCUGUGUCCCUGGACCCCAAAAUCAUGGGUAUAUUUGUAGAAAAAGCCAAAAAUACAUUGUAUGGGUCAAAGUUACCUACCCAAAAAAACAUAUCAGCAUAUUACACUAACAAUU